AUGGGCACCUCGUGGGCUUUGCUCCUCUUCCUACUCCUGGGCUCUGUAGUCCAGAUCCUUCCUCUAGAACUUCAGCAAGGCUCUAUCUCCUUAGAUGCAGUCAACUCCUCUCAGGGUCUAGGUUCAAAAAUCCCCUCCACUGGACUCCCAAGCCUGAACUCAGAUGGGUCUGUGGGUUCCCCAGCGGCUGGUGAGAUCCCUGAUCCCACCCUGUUUCCCGAGUCUCUCAGUGGAAAUGGCAGGGCCAGGUCCCGGUGGCCACAUGCUUCAACCAAGACAGGAGCGCCCAGCUCUGACCCUACCUCUGAGCUCUCAGGCGCCAAAGCACUUCCUGACAUCUCAGGGGCUCAAAUUCCUGCCCCAAAUGCCACGCCUCCCUUCUCCCCGAAGACCCUGGCUUCCAACGCUUCUGCUCAAGAUACCAAAGCAUCUGGCGAGGCUCCCGGUUCCAAACUCCCCUCCAAGAGUCAGGACCUUGAACUUUCCCCCUACGGCCUUGGAUUCCAAGUUCCUUUCGAGACCCAUCCCGCGGAAAGCUUCCCCCAGCAGGUGGGGGGCCCUCUGGCUGUGCUAGUGGGGACCACCAUCCGCCUCCCCCUGGCUCCAGCCCCCAGUCCUGGCCCCCCUGCUCCCCUCGUGGUCUGGCGACAGGGCUCGAAGGUGCUGGCAGCCGGGGCCCUGGGCCCUGGGGCUCCCCUACUCAGCCUGGACCCUUCUCAUCGCGAGCGCCUGCGCUUCGACAGGGCAGGAGGGGGGCUGGAACUGGCCUCUGCCCAGAUGUCGGACGCGGGUGUCUACACGGUGGAGGUGAUCCGGGGAGGGGUGUCUCGGCAGGUUCGGGAGUUCACAGUGGAAGUGUAUGAGCCCCUUCCCCCGCUGUCGGUGCAGCCCAAGGCCCCCGAGAUCGAGGAGGGGGCGGCCGAACUCCGGCUGCGCUGCGUGGGGUGGAAGCCCGGUCGCGGGAAGCUGAGCUGGAGCCGCGAUGGCCGCGCCCUGGAGGCCACGGACCCCGAGGGCGGCGCCACGCCCCGCAUCCGCACUGAAGGCGACCAGCUGCGCAUCGCGCACCCGGGGCGCGGGGACCAGGCCCGGUACACCUGCAUCGUCCGCAGCCCCUUCGGCCACCGCCAGGCCGCGGCCCUCGUCAGCGUCUUCUACGGCCCGGACCCGCCCGUUAUCACCGUCUCAUCGGACCGCGACGCCGCCCCCGCGCAGUUCGUCUCCGCGGGCACCGACGUGACCUUGCACGCCGGCGCCUACGCCUGCAUUGCCGCGAACCCGCGCACCGGCCGCCGCCGCCGGUCGGUGUUCAACCUCACCGUGGCGGAUCUGCCCCCUGGGUCCCCACAGUGCUCAGUGGAAGGGGGUCCUGGCGAUCUCAGCCUCCGUUUCCGCUGCUCGUGGCCUGGCGGAGUCCCAGCCGCCUCCCUCCAGUUUCAGGGCCUCCCGGAAGGCGUCCGUGCGGGGCCGGUGUCCUCCGCCCUUCUGGUGGCCGUGCCCGCCCAUCCCGGGCUCAGUGGCAUGACUGUCACCUGCCUGGCUCGACACCUGGCGGCCACGCGCACCUGCACCGUCACCCCAGAGGCCCCCCAGGAGGUGCUACUACACCCCCUGGUGGCAGAGACCAGGUCAGGGGAGGCAGAAGUGGUUCUGGAGGCCUCCGGCUGUCCCCAGCCCUCUAGAGCAGUCUGGGCUCGGGAAGGCCGGCCACUGGCUCCAGGAGGAGGGGGACGCCUGCGGCUCAGCCAAGAUGGGCGCAAGCUCCUCAUCAGCAACUUCAGCCUUGACUGGGACCUGGGGAACUACUCUGUGCUGUGCAGUGGCGCACUAGGCGCCGGGGGCAACCAGAUCACACUUGCAGGCCCCUCCAUCUCGUCAUGGAGACUACAGAGAGCCCGUGAUGCCGCGGUGCUGACUUGGGACGUGGAACGCGGGUCCCUGAUCAGUGGCUUCGAGAUCCAGGCACGGACACAGAGAUCUGACCAGAGCAGAGUCACCAACUACAGGGACUGGGUCAACCUGCUCUUUCUGGGUCCUGGAGAACGAUCUGCCGUGGUGCCGCUCUCCCCUGGGAACCCCACAACCUGGGUCUUUCGGAUCCUGCCCAUGCUGGGAGCCCAUCCUGGGACUCCUUCCCAAAGCCGGGUCUACCAGAUGGGACCCACUCUGAGCCCCGGGGCCAUCGCUGGCAUCGUCCUGGGAUCCUUACUAGGCUUGGCGCUGUUGGUAGGGCUUAUUGUCCUGUGUAUCUGCUGCCUACGACGCUCCCAAGGAAAGGCUCCUACAAAAAAGCAGCAGCCCCUGACCUUGGCACCUGUGAUCACCCCACCAAGAAAGACCAUGCAGAAGAGUGUGACCCCAGUACAGACUCCACAGCCACUGCCUAUCAAAUGCCUACCGAAGGACCUCAGCCCAGUCAGGGCUCACCAACUCACUGGCCCGCGUCCAGUCAUCUGUCCAGGUGGGGGCUCUCGGACUGUUCGGACAGCCACACAGGUGUGAUCACAGCUGGC